CAGACCGGAAAAUGGGUUGAAGACAAGGAGAGCGAGAGAGAGUGUGUUCAGUUUCCAGACGACGUGUGUGAAGUUCGGGUGUGAUAAGUGUGUUGUGCUGCCUCUCCACAGCACAUGGACAUCUGUGUGUGAGUGGACUGAGCUCAGUCAGGCAGAAACCACACAACCACACAGGUUUUCCUGUGUGUAUAGUGCUAUGACAAUUAUGGGCAACCCACACAUCAAGCCUUUGCUAUUCGGCAUUGCACUGGUAGCUGUGGCAUGUAUGACCAUCAUUGCUCUGGUCCUCUCUCUGGUGACACGUCAGACUGUGGAUCCACCUUACUUAACACAGUACGGUAUGGUGUUUGAUGCCGGUUCCACACACACCUCCCUCUUCCUCUACCAGUGGCCCGGGAAUAAGGAAAACAACACUGGAGUGGUUUCUCAAAAACUGACUUGCGAUGUGAAAGGUGAUGGUAUUUCCAGUUAUGUCACAAAUCCUCCUGGUGCUGGACAGAGCCUUAGAGAAUGCUUAGAUGUUGCUUUGGCCACAGUACCAGACAGCCAGCGACGUAUGACCCCUGUGUACCUGGGGGCCACAGCAGGCAUGCGGCUCCUAAGUUUACAAAACCAAACUCAAGCAGAUAUAAUACUUGCAGAGGUGGCCAAGACUAUACAGAGUUAUCCCUUUGACUUUCGUGGGGCCAGAAUAAUCAGUGGUAUGGAGGAGGGGGCUUACGGCUGGAUCACCAUCAACUAUCUUUUGGAAGGUUUCAUUAAGUAUACAUUUGAUGGUAAAUGGAUUCACCCUAAAGCUGGGAGGAUUCUAGGAGCUAUGGAUUUGGGUGGUGCAUCCACUCAGAUUUCCUUCACACCCAAGUAUCCAGUUGAAGACCCAAAUACUGCAAUUGACCUCCAGCUCUAUGGCUUCAAGUUUGAGCUGUACACACACAGUUACCUGUGCUAUGGAAAAGACCAGGCCCUGAAGAGGAUCCAGGCGCGCCUGCAGAUUGCUAGCCCCAGUACCGUUGUCUUCCACCCAUGCUAUCCCAGUGGUUACAAUCUGACGGUGGCUCUGGGUAAUCUUUACGACUCUCCUUGUGUCAGCAAGCCAGUGCCUUUUGACCCCUCAUUAACGGUCACUUUCAUGGGGAGCGGUAAUUCUCAGGAGUGUUCAUCAGAGAUGAACAAAUUGGUAAACCUGAGUAACUGUGCGCUUUUUCCAGACUGUGGCUUUAACGGGGUCUACCAGCCACCUGUCAAUGGAGAAUUUUAUGCUUUUUCUGCAUACUUCUACACCUUUGACUUCCUUGGUCUUGCUCCAAGGACCCCGUUGCCUCAGGUUCUUUCCACAAUUGACUCCUUCUGCAGCAAAUCCUGGGACACUCUUCAGUCACAAUAUCCAAAGGUGAAAGAGAAGUAUCUUCGGGAUUAUUGUGCUUCAGCUCACUAUAUUAUGACUAUUCUUCUCAAAGGAUAUAAGUUCAAUGCUACUUGGGAUCAAAUCUACUUCGUCAAGCAGGUGGCAGACAAUGACAUUGGCUGGACUCUGGGUUAUAUGCUGAACUUAACCAACCUGAUUCCCUCUGAACGCCCUCUGGCGGUAACAGGAGUACAACACAGUCAGUGGGCAGCAGAGGUCUUCUUCAUUGUCUUUGCACUCUUUCUCAGCCUACUUAUUCUAAUUGUCCUCUGCAUAUGGAAUCCAGACUCACAGACCUAAUGCACAUGAUUCGGUGCUUUAAUGUACAUUUUGGGUACAUGACAUCAGGGUUGGAAUCAAUUCCGUUUUAGUUUAUUGAAUUGAUGUUCAUUGAAUUAAUAGCUUUGCAGAUUAAUUUAUGACCUGAAUUGAUCCUAAUGCUGCUUUGUACAAUUCACUGUACAUGUAGGACAAUGUAUGUCUGAGUACAUAUGGUGUUGCAUCAAAGGAGCCAGCAGAACAAUCUUUUAAUUAUAUUUUUGCAGUUCAACUUAACAUGUAUAUCUGGGUCAAAUAUUAUUUUAAAAUUUCAAGGACUAGUUAUACCUCAGUAAUCUUUGCUAUGUAUUAGUCUAUUAACACACAAUUCAUUUAAAAUAAUCCAUUUAAUUUAAAAUCCUUGUUCAGUUUGAAGCAGUAGCGCAUAUCAUGUAAAGAGAAGCUGAUUACAUAAUUCAUGCUAUUCAAAUGAGAAAAUUCUUUACAGAACUUAAUGAAGACAAUAGAGUGAAUAAAAAUUGAAAUGCAGCAAUAGUCUACAACAUUUGCUAUAUUAAUAUGUUUUUGUGCACAUACGUUCUAUAAAGUGUGUGGACAAAAAUGUGUGUGUGUGCUUUUAACAGCAACCUGACUUCUUCUGCGGUUGCUUUGGCUGUAAUAUUGCUUGUUCCUCCUCUCUCCUCACAUUCUGUUUCACCAGUAACCUAGAGGAAUGAGAAUGUUUUUAUACAUGCAGAACUGUACAAAAGUCAGAGACCACCCCUUGUUUAUUUAGUCUACUGUCUAAACAGCCACUCAGUAAAAGUUAUUAAUUUUCCUGCAUCAAGCAUAAAUUUAAAGGACCCAUAUGAAUUCUAAUCUUCCUCACUUUUUCAAAUAAAAUAGUUCCAAGCAGUCCAUAUAUGAAAAUAUUUUGAAUGUACUGUUUCUGUGAUGUAAUGAGAAUCAAGGCAUUGGCUUAUAUCUGCUUAGUCAGCAUACAGUUGAGGCACAACGCAGGGCUGAUCAAAGUAGAGCUGAUUUUUAUAUAAACGGACUAGGUAUAACAUUA